CCAGCAUGGAGUGUAAAAAAAAAAGUACAUAGAAGACAAAGUGAACCGAUUGCGACACCAUUUUUCAGAGGACAAAAAACCCCUCUAUCCAAAGUCCAAAUCUUUCUGCCGCCGCCGCCGGCCGUGAAAUUGAUAUGCAAUAGAUACUGAUAUGAGUAGAGAAGAGAUAGUUACUACGAUGACUGUUAGAGCAAAACCAGUAGGAGGAUUAGCUAUAGCUACUAUUGUGAAGAAUAAUGGCCACCAUCGGGAUGUUGAGGAAGAAGGAGAGUCAAGGCUUGAACCAAAUGUGGGGUUAGAGUUCGAUUCAGCCGAAGAUGCACAAGAGUUUUACAAUCUCUAUGCAACGAAAAUUGGAUUUAGGAUUCGAAUUGGUCAGCUCUAUCGUUCUCGAAUUGAUGGGUCUGUUGUUUCCCGGAGAUUCGUUUGUUCCAAAGAGGGGUUUCAGACUACUUCACGAACGGGAUGUCCAGCUUUCAUAAGAGUGCAAAGGCUUGAUUCUGGCAAAUGGGUUCUCGCUAAUAUAAAGAAGGAACACAAUCAUGACCUUGAACAUCCAGGUGAGAUUUGCCCAUCUCGAAUUCAAAGAAAAAUUGUUACCCCAACCCCAACCCCGAAAUCAAAAUCAGCUUCUAUUGUUGUAUCAACUAGGACUGGACUUAGAUCACUUGAUGAGGAUGGCCCAUCUGGGAUUCUCGAUUUUAAGCGUCUUAAACGGGAGAAAAUCAAUGGAGAAACUAGAAGUGAACCGUAUAAGGGGUUAGAAUUUGUUUCUGCUGCUGAAGCAUAUGAGUUUUAUCAUACUCAUGCUGCUAAUACUGGGUUUAAAGUUAGGAUUGGUCAGCUGUUUCGUUCGAAGAAUGAUGGGUCGAUUACAUCGCGGAGAUUUGUUUGCUCUAAAGAAGGGCAUCAGCAUCCGUCGAGAGUGGGGUGUGGAGCUUUCAUGAGGAUACAGAGACAAGAAUCAGGAAGGUGGUUGGUUGAUCGUUUUCAAAACGAACAUAACCAUGAACUUGGAGCUCCCAUUGAUGCUAGUGAGAGAGUGUCAUCAAAAGGAUUCAAAGAAGAAUUAAGCCAUGGGUUGGAGAAUAUGGAUUUAGUUGAAUCAAAUGGAGGGUUUAGCCUUGUUACAAGAUCCAGGGAGAGUAAAAUUGGAAGUGAUUGGUAUAAUGAGCUUUUUGACUAUUUUCAGGCUCGACAAGCAGACGAUAUGGGAUUUUUCUAUGCAGUGGAAAUGCAUAAGGGUAGAGCCAUGAGUGUAUUAUGGGCCGACUCUCGGUCUAGAUUCUCCUGCACUCAGUUUGGGGAUGCAAUUGUUUUCGACACAACCUAUAGAAGGGGUAGUUACUCAGUGCCACUUGCUUCAUUCAUUGGGGUUAAUCACCACAGGCAACCAGUACUUCUUGGCUGUGCCUUAAUUGCUGAAGAGUCUGAAGAGUCAUUUACUUGGUUGUUCCAAGCUUGGCUUCGGGCAAUGUCAGGGCGUCGUCCUAUCUCUAUAGUUGCUGAUCAAGACUGGGUCAUUCAACAUUCAAUUGCUCAAGUUUUCCCCGGGACACAUCAUCGGUUUUCUGCAUGGCAAGUUGUGGCUAAGGAGCAGGAAAACAUUGGUGCAUUACUCUCGAUGAAUCCUGAAUUUAAGUAUGAAUAUGAAACUUCCAUUUUCCAGAGCCAGACGGCUAAUGAGUUUGAAGCAGCAUGGAAUGUGCUUAUUAACAAGUAUAAUUUGAGAGAGAACACAUGGUUGAAGGAUAUGUAUAGGAUGCGGAAGAGCUGGGUACCGUUAUACAUUAAAGGCACAUUCUUUGCUGGCAUUCCAACGGACGGGAGCUUGAAAUCAUAUUUUGGCACAUUAUUGACAUCUCAAGCACCACUUAGUGAAUUUCUUAUACGGUACGAAAAAUCCCUUGAGCAACGUCGUGAAGAGGAAAGAAAAGAGGAUUUUAACUCAUUCAAUUUGCAAGCAGUUCUGCACACAAAGGACCCUAUAGAGGACCAGUGUAGAAGGCUUUACACUAUUACCAUGUUCAAAGUGUUCCAGAAAGAGCUUUUGGAGUGCUAUAGUUAUGUUGGAAUUAAGAUAAAUGUUGAAGGUGCCAUUAGUAGGUAUCUGGUGCAGAAGUGUGGAAAUGGAGAUGAGAGGCAUACAGUUGCCUUCAAUGCCUCCAAUCUUAACAUCAGUUGCAGUUGUAAAAUGUUUGAGUUUGAAGGUGUGCUGUGUAGACAUGCCUUGAAAGUUUUUCAGAUAAUGAACAUAAGGGAGCUUCCAUCUCGCUAUAUCCUACAUCGUUGGACAAAGGAUGCAAAAUAUGGUAUACUACGUGAUGUCGAUUCAGGGGGUGCUUCUCAAGAUCAUAAGGCAUUGAUGUUGUGGAGCUUAAGAGAAGAAGCAAAGAAUUACAUUGAGGCAGGAACAGCAUCUUUAGAAAGAUAUAAACUUGCGUUUGAGAUCAUGCAGGAGGGUAGAAGAAAUCUUUGUUGGCAAAACUAGGGAAGUACGGGGUUAAACAAACAUAGAUAAGAGAUCGAUGCUUUCAUCAAAAUUCUUAUUUGUAAGUUAAUUUUUGGACUCGACCAUAUCUGAUUAUGAGUUAGCCUCAAUCUUAUCAUAUAGUUUUCCAAAUAAUUUAGGGAUAAGGCACAAGUACCACUCCGAACUAUACCCGUAAUUCCAGCCACACACCUAAACUUAACUAGGGUCCUAUCACCCCCAACUAAUUUAAAAUGGAAUAAACACCAUAAACGCUAACGUGGUGCACACUCUCUUGAAGACAAUUGAAGAUUACAAAAAUAAUUUUAAAAAUAAUUAACAGGUAGAAAUGUCAUUUUUUAAAUUGGAGAUCACUUAAUUAAUUAAGUCUUGUUAAAUAGACUCCUCCAUCUUCUAAAUAGAAGGGAUGUAUUAGAAUUGAUGUUUACUGCUUGCUAACCAAUGGUGUCUUCUCUGGCGUAGCAUUCAUAAGCUAUAAACCUUCCACCCUUAUCCAAAAUAAUUCUUCACCCGAAUUUUUUUCGAAGACCCGAUGCUACCCCUCUUUUAUCUUUUCCUUCCUCCAAAGAAAAAUCCCAUUUUCAUGUUUGUCUCAGACAUGGCAUGUCUUCUUCCAGUCAUUUUCUGCCUUCUGCUAUGGUAACUUCUAAUUUUUUUUGAUGCUUACUGAAGAAGCGUUUAAGAGAAUUGGGUUUUGGGAAGGAUUCUUUGAAUGUUAGCGAGAAUUAAUAUGAGUCUGAGGUUGAGGAUAAUGAGUCAUAGCUGAGAAUGAGGAUGACCUUUCCGUUUCUCAGUUGUCUUCUCCGGUUGUAUUCUCCGACGUUUUCUCUGAUUGUCAUGCGUCAAUCGGAGUACAAAUCCUAGCAUGUCAACACAUAUUCUCACCAUUUUUACUUCCCUUAGAAAAACCAGAUCUCACCACAAGAACGAUUCAAGUUGAGGUGGAAAAGAACCACAAAAACGAUUCUAAGUGUCUGGUUGUGGAACUACUGAACCAGUAAUGUCAGCAAUAAAUGAAAAAAGGAUUUUAAUGGUAAAAAAAAUGAUUUAAUGCUUAAAAAGAAUGUGACUUUCAUGUCGGAGGUCUCAAGUUCGAAACCCCUUGGCAGUGAAAGCAAGGGAUUUGCCUUUUGGGUCGAGCUCGUCGCAUCAGGCUUGCCUAGUGAGGAUUACCUCUCUUGUAUGAAUUGCAAGCUAUUGCAUAGGAGCGAGGGCUUUACCCUGAACUCACCCCGCGGGUUUCCCUUGUCAUUAAAAAAAAGAAGAAAGAAUGUGACGCUUGUAUUACACGCAGAGGAUACUCAUUUGGUUAUUUAUCCCACAUCAGCAUCUAGGUUGACAUUUAUUCAUUACAACAUAGUUUAGAGGGUAAUAGGAUCCUAAUUAAGUUUAGGUAUGUCGCUCAAAUUUGAGUGGGUACUUGUGUCUUAUUUAUCCCAAUAAUGUAUGUACCAAAGCUGAUGCAAGUGCUUUUAUUAAGCGUAUCAAACAACUACCAUUUAUACACAACUGCCUAAUAUUUUUCAUUGCCAGGUGACAUAUUUUUGCAGUUUUUUUCCCAAUUAAUGUCAAUUGUUGUGUACAGAUGCAGUGAGCAUCCAAGAAAAGAUCCGAAUUUGAUAUGAAGCAUUUAAUCCAUCAUUCAACUUUCUUACUGAAGGGAGUGAAUUUCUAUUUGAAUCACUAACUCAUUAGGUUACUUCUUUGCAGAGAUACUGAUCAUAAUCAUGAAGUAAGAAGGGAGGUAUUUGUUAUACAAUCAUACUGCAUAUAUAGUGGCUGAGUCAAAAGAAUUAUUGCGAAGUCCGUUGCUUAGCUUUAACUUGGUCAAUGACAAACCUUAAAAUGUUAACCUCUCCUGGAGUGGGUUGCUGCAGUUUGAAUACUACAUUUUAAUUUUUUAACUCUUAUUGACUAGCGGAGAUCGUGGAGCACUUACUUUCUAUGUUACUAUUUCCCAAUUAAACUGCUCAAUUCUCUUAUAUGAAAAAAAUUGGAUGCUGAAGGGGGCUAUAUUUAAAUCAUGUACUCUAGAUUAUUGUAAUCCUUUAGUUUAUAUCCGAACAAGGAAGUUCUUCUCUACCAUGUCGUCUUGAAAACUUAGUGAUAUUCUUGCAGAACAUUGAAACCAGUGUCGAAGUUUGAUGAUCAACCCCGUGUGAUGUUGUGGCAGUCUGUUAUACCAACAAUUUUGGUAAUUCCAGAGCUUACAGGACUUGCUGCAUAUUUUGGAUCAAGUCAGAGUAUUUAGACAGUGAUAAUCGAGGACUGAAUGGUGUUACCAAAUAGUGAUCCUCCUCCUGAAGCAAACAAAUCAUCAUAUGACUAGUUUUCUUUCGGAAUCACAAUCACAAACUGCAACUUGUGUAAAUCAAAAAUGUCGUUACAAAUGAUACUCUCCAGGGCUUCUUAGUAAAACUGGAUUAUUGUGGUACUGAAAGAAGCUCGAGCAAAACGGACAGUUGAAAGUUCAUCAUCAACCUCUGGAAAAUGGAUCCUGCAGUGAUCAUGUGUUGCAUUUGGAAAGAAAGAGACCAAUGCUAUUCCAACUCCAGUCCAUUUGUUGAAGGAUUUGUUUUGCUUGGAGCAUACUAUCUGCUGUAAAUAGUAUCGAUUCUCGCUUGGAUUUUGUAAGCUCCUUAAAUUAUUGUAUAGUAGUCAUUUGAAAUUGUACAGGAGUUAUUGUUUUUGUAAUCUAUUUGCAUCCAGUGAAAUCUACAUUUACUUGAUCAAAAAAACUGGACAAUUGUGACCACAGAGUUCUCUAUUGUUGUAGCUCAUCUGGUCCUAUAUUUUGAUGAUAUAGUCAUUAGACUGAGAAAAUCACAUAGUUGAAGAAGUAUUUUGGACAGUCAUAUUUGAACGUCUUCUGGAAAUAGGCUUUCUACCUCCACGAGCGUGAGGUAGUAUCAACUUGUAGGAUUUCACUGGGUGUGUUGUUGUAUUCAUAUUUGAACUAAUAAAAGUUGGGGACAUUCCGA